CAAAUUCAAAUAGUUCCACCACUGGAUUUAAACUUAUUUUUUGCCGCUCUCUUUCUGUCAAAAGUUCAUAAGUGAGGUUAGAUUUAUUGUUUUGGAAGCGUUUUUAAGUUUUUAGGUAAUAUUUUACAAAAAUACCAUAAAAUGGGUGAAAAAAAUUCUCCACUAACGUUUAAUGAAGAAAAAUAUACUCAAUUCAUAUACGACGAUAUAGACGAUGUCGAUAUUUUCGGUACUACAAGUGCAGAAAACGAGAAAGAGGCUGAAAAUAUUGAUCAACAACCUCUUCCAAGUAAUGAAGUAAUAGAGGAAAAUGAAUCCCUUAAAAAAGAAAUGGACAAAUACAAAAGCGAGAAUGAACUUUUGAGAUUACGAAUCUCUGAGCUAUAUUUAACUGCAAAAGCUGAGAUGGAGCGAAAAGAUAAACGUUUGGGCGAACUGAAAAAUGAAAUGGAUAUUUUAUUAGCUAGAAAAAAUACACAUUUACAGAAUAAAACCCUUGUUAAUAAGUGUCAGAGAGAAUUCUCGAAUGAGGAAUUUCAGAGAUUUGAUGCAAAAUAUAAGAUUCCAAAAAGAAACAACGUAAAUAAUGUUGUUGAAACUAAUAAUUCCAAAAUUAUUGCUGUUGGUUUAACAGAUGAUACAAAAGAUACAAAGCAACAUUCCCAUCAAGAUAAAGCAGAUAAUAGAAGUAUUAUAAAGACUGAAAAUUCUUCUAAGGAUCCUUGCAAAGAAAAUCUAACAUGUGUUGAGAAUAAAAUGAAAGAUAAUGAUACAAUAGGCAAAGCAAAUAAACAUAUCCAAGACAAAAAUUCAACUAAAACUGAAGUUAAAGCAGAAUAUAAGCACCACAGUAGUCAGAAAGAAAAUAAUGACUCUACUGAGUCAAAAGCAGUUUUAACUAAAUGUAGAGAUGGUAGAUUUCAUUCAAGACAUACUCGUUCACCUCCUAAAGACAGAGAUCGAGGGAGACAAAAUAUUUCAGGAAACCGAGAUAACAAAUACUAUUCUAAUCAUGAAAGUAGAUCGAGAUCUACAGAAAAACCAAGACAGAGAGGGCAGUACCAAAAAAACAACUUUAGAAAUAGAUCUAAAUCCAGAGAAAAUUAUAAUUCCCGACACAGAGUUGGAAGGAGAUCUAGGUCGCUUUCUAGAGAAAGAUUUAAAACUAACAGACAUACCAGUCAGCAAAGCUAUUCAAGUAAUAAUUCAAACAGGUUUAGAGAUCAUAGAACAGACUCUAAUAAAAGAUUGUCACCUAAAUCCACAAGUGGUCGAUGUAACCAAGCUGAUGUUCAGUCGUUGAGACAGAGACUACUGAGAUACAGACAUCGGAGUUUGGAAAAAGAUAGAGUCGUUGCUAAAUCAUCAGAAAAUAGUACUAAUAAUUCAAAAUUACCAAAGAACGUUGAUGACAAAGAUACUGUUACCUUUAGCGAUGAAGAUGAAAUACAAUUGUUUCUGUCUGGUGAGAGUGAUCAUGAAGAAAACAGGGAUGGGGAACAUGAGGAUGUAUUGGAAACGACAUUUAAUUUAUUGAAAGAUCAAAUUGAUAUUGAUAACAUGACAGAGGCUCAAUUAGAAAGUUUACUUAAAGAAAAACAGCUGCUGCUUGAAAAAGAAUCUGACGAUGAAACACCCACAGAUAAUACAAAUGAUAUUUGUAAUUCUGAUGAGAUUAUGGUUUGUUCAAGUGAAGAUGAUGCAUAUGCAAAAGCUGAAAAUUUAGAGCCUGAUCCUAACAAAGAAACUAAGUGGUUAAUACCUCUUAAUGAGAUUGAAAUUGCAUUGGAUAAGAAAAUUGUUACUGAUAAGGGUAUAAAUAAAGAUGUUACUAAAGAACAUGAAGAAAUAGAACCAGAGAAUGAAAAAGAAACGAUAGAGUGUGUAAAUGAUUGUAAAACAUCUGAAAUACAAGUUAUAAAGAAUGUAAAGUUGCACGAAAAAAAUAGUACAAACGAAAAAGAUAUAAUUAUAGAAAACAGUCUUUCUAAAAAUGUUAAUUCUAAAGAGGCUGUCAAAAAACUAGAUAUUGAACAGAAGAAUAAUGAUGAGAGUGAAGACCUUGCAAAGAAUAUUCCAAAAGAUGCUUCAGAACUUCAAGAACAGAAUGUAUUAAAAGAUAACCAAGAAAACCAAGUGCACAACAAGGAUGGUGAUACUAUAGAAAUGGAAGCAGCCAAAACACUUUGUAGUUUAAGUGAACCAUUGGAUUUUAAUGAUGACAACUCACCAACUAAAAUUAAUAAAAAUUCUGGUUCAGUUGAAGAUGAAAAAUUAAAACCUAAUGACCCAGAAGUUCAAACUUUGGAAGCUUACAUUAGUGGAACAAAGCAAGAAACUGUAUUUAGUACCAGUGGUUUGGAACAAGAAUUGUAUAUUAGUGAUGAUGAUGAUGCUCAUGAAGAUACGGAAAAACAUGAGACUCAUGAUGAUCACCAAAGCAAACCAAACUCUCAAAAAGUUAUUAUACUUUCGGAUGUAAAAUUAGAUCUAAGGGAAAUUACUAAACUAGGUGGUACAAGGAAAGGGAGACUUGGUAAAUCUAGUUCUGAAUGUAUUGAGUCAAUUCAGGAUGAAAUAAAUAGCAAAACUAUUGAGAAAACUCAAGAAAAGAUUAGCAGGCAGACUAAACCAGAAGAAGCUGAGACACUGGACACUACAGAACUACAAUUAUGUCUGGAAGGGAGUGAUCAUAAUGUAGUAGAUAAGAAAACUCGAAGUCCAAGGAAGCAAACAAAAAAUAAAUCAUCAUCUAGAGUAAAAAAUAACGUAAAUAACACAACUAGAAACAAUAAGAAAAAUAAUAGUUGUGAAAAAAUUAGGAGUAGUGCUGAAAAAAUUAAAAUGCUUUUUGGACCUCAAAGUCCAAUAGUGUCUUCAAAAUUUUCGGAAGAAAAUGUCAUGGUUAACGCUAAAACCAUAUCGCCAAACGAAAGACGAAGAAUAUUGAUUGGUAAAGCAAAAAGGAACACAUUUUCCGAAGAACUACUUUUGGCCGACACUAGUGCAAAAAACGGUUUCAAAGUCAGAGAUAAAAAUGGUAAAGUAAACAAAAAACAAACUGGUAAAAUCGAGAAAGAGAACAUAGAUGAACCAGUCAAUAAAGAUGAGAAAGAAACAAAAAAUAUUGCGACAGAAGAACCAAAAAAAGUAGAUGUAUUUUGUAACAGCUUGACAUAUAUUCCAUCGAAAAAUUCCGCAGUGCCUUUUGACAGUCCAAAUUCUUUCAUAACAAAGAAAAUACAGUCAAACAACUCAAAAAAAAUUAAACUUGAAGAGCAGAAGAAUAUCACGGAUGUAUCAAAAACCAAAAAUGUUCAAACCAAUCAAAACACACAGAAUAAAAAGCAAACUACAAAAAAUUCAAGAGUAAACCGUAGAAGUCCAGUGAAGAGAGUUACUAGAAGUACCAGGAAGACAAAUAAAAGAACCGAAGAAAGUCCGGCACAAAAUAAAGGAAGUUCUUGGAAAAUUCGUUUUGCAGAAAAUUCGAAAAAGAGGAACAGAAGUGAAUGUAGCAACGAAGACUCCGGUAAAAAGAAGAAACUUAAAACAGACGAGGAUACAGAAAAACCUGCUUCGAAUAGUGUUACGGUUGAAGACAAGAAUCCUAACCUCAAACCUGACACCAAAAUUAGGAAACCACGAGCAUCGAGGACGAAAUCUUCAGAUAAAAUAAACAUAGAAGAGCAUAAAAUUGAGCAGGAAAGAAUAGCAAGUAAUGAGGCACUUCAAAGCAGGCUUCAGGAAUCUAAUAAGGUUGAAUUACAAAGAUUGGAUUCAAAAAGUGAAAAAAUUGAACCAAAUAGUAGACCAACCACUUUGGCGGAUGUUAUUAAAGAUGAAUUGGGUGAUAAGAAAAAAGUUGUUAAACGAAUAACGCCUCGAAGAAUAGGUGAUUGCACUCGAAAGAAAAAGGGUGAUAAUGCUAGAGUUCAGCUUUUUACUGAAAGUACUGAAAGUACUGAAAACAGAGGUUCUGAAUGUGUACAAAUAUCACAAUCAUUUAUUGAGAGUUCGGUAGUGUCUAAUCUUUCAUCUAGUGUAAAAAGUGAUGUUACAGUAACUCAGCCUGCGCCGAAUAGCUCACCUUUGCCAUCUUUUGAGAGAUAUAUUGAACAAUCAAAGAGCGCUUUAAAAAAUAAAACUCCUGACAAACCUGUUAAAAGUGAAAAUUUCAAGUCGUCUUCUGAUGUGCGAACAUCUGAUUAUGGCGAGUUUCCAGAUAUUCACAUCGAUCCAAUAACUCUGAUGGAAAAAAAGGAAAUCGAUAAUAUAAUCAUCGAUUUAAAUAUUUCAGACAAGAGUUUAAUAUCAUUGGCCAACGGAUGUAAAAGUAAGAGUGAUAAAGACAGUAAUGAUGAUCCUCUGGAACUUAAAGACCCAAGAAAUAGUAUUAAUUCCUUAGAUUUUUCAAAUUUCUUAAGCAAGAAUAAAACUACCUCGACUCCAGUAAAGUCUGUAACAAGAAAAGCUGAAGAUAAAGUUGAGGUUUUGACUGAAAAAACUGAAAAUAUUUCCAGUUGUUCGAAUCCAAAUGUUUCGGAUAAGAGUUUUCAGAAUCUUUUAGAGUAUGCUGCCAAUUCUUCCGGUGAUAAUAGUGGUGUUGUUAAAAGCAAUAUUCAAAUUGGGGUUCCCCUAAGGAGGGAUCGAAGAAGAAGGCCUAUCGUUAUGUUACUUGAAUAGUAAAAAAAUCAACAUAUUUUUAUAAGCGAAUGAAAUUAUUUUUUAUAGUUUGAAAUGAACUUUUUCCUGUUUUUAUUUAUAUGCCAGUAUUAAUGAUUUAUUUAAGAAAAAACUUCAAGGAUUUUGUAAUGAAACAUUACUCUUUACUUUACUUCUUUUGGUUUAUUGUAUAUUUUUCCUAAGGUUAUUCACGUUUAUUUCGUCCGGUUUUUGUUGAAGAGAUAAGAAUAUAUUGUACAUAAAUUAUAUUUGAAAGAUUUUGUAUAUUAUAUCCUUUAUAAUCUGAUUAUAAGAGAUUCUAUAGCUUGAAAACAGUUUUUGUAUGAAAGGAAUUGAAUUUUACA